AUGUCUCAUACUCCCCACACCCCGCCGCUCUCCGCGGCCCUCGAGUCCUUUAACCACUCGGCCAAGCCCGAGGCUGAUGCCGCUGCCGCCGCCAACGGUGACGUUCCCGACGAUGUUGGCCUGGACCUUUCCCUGAUGAAGAAGAAAAAGAAGAAGAAGACCAAGGAGGCCGGCGACGAGGCCGGCGACGAGGCUGCCGCUGAAGACGGUGGUCUUGAUCUGUCGAUGAAGAAAAAGAAGAAGAAGAAGGUCAAGGAAGGUGACGAAGACGAGUUCGCCGCCAAGCUCAAGGCCCUCGAUAUCGAAGGCAAGGAAGAAGCCGCCGAGGCCCCCGAGGCUGCUGUGCAAGAAGGAGACAUGGAUGCCGGCACCGGCAUCUGGGCUCACGACGACACUAGGAUCAUCUCGUACAACCCCCUCCUCAAGCGAUUCUUCGCCCUCCUCGCCCAGAAGAACCCCGACCACGCUCUCAGCGGCACCAAGAGCUACAAGAUCCCCCCUCCUCAGUGCAUGCGUGAAGGCAACAAGAAGACCAUCUUCGCCAACAUUGCUGAGAUUUGCAAGCGUAUGAAGCGAACCGACGAGCACGUUACCGCCUAUCUGUUCGCCGAAUUGGGAACAAGCGGUUCCGUCGAUGGCAGCAGGCGGUUGGUUAUCAAGGGUCGUUUCCAACAAAAACAGAUUGAAAACGUGUUGAGGAAAUAUAUCAUCGAAUACGUCACUUGCAAGACUUGCAAGUCUCCCGACACCGAGCUCAGCAAGGGAGAGAACCGUCUUUACUUUAUCACAUGUAACUCGUGUGGAUCGCGUCGCAGUGUCACUGCCAUCAAGACUGGUUUCUCGGCCCAGGUCGGAAAGAGGAAGAAGCUCCCGUAA